AUGCCUCGCAUCAACUUCAGCCGCACCGAGCGCUUCGCUCAGAUGUCGAAGCAAGAGCAACUAAUCGCCCAGAAGCGGCAGCAGAUCAUGGAGAAGCAGCGCACACUGGAGCUGGCCAAACAGAUUGCGGCCGAAGCGAGCAAGGAUACGCCGAGUGCCACCGAAGUGCCCGAAGCGCCCGAGGCCAGCGGAAAGGUGGUGCUCCCGUUCAGCAACGAUGGUUCCUUCCUGGAGCGCUUCAAGCAGCUGAGUGAAAAGAUUGUCAAGCAAACCGAGGACCAAGUGAAGUUAGCGCCCACACCCGAACCGGACACUGCCGCCGCUGACGUACCAGUGACCGCUGCGAACCCGGCCACGGUGCCAGGUGUAUCUGCCAGUGGUAGCGGCGAUCAUAUGUUCAAGUUCGACGUACCACCUCCGUCGUUGAUUCCGCCCCUUCCACCGCCACCUCCUCCGCCGCCACCGCCGCAGUUGCCGGCAAUGGCCGAUGAUGUGCAUUUUGAACCAUUCUACGAUCUUCCUCCGAUCAUCCACGACCACAGCGAGCAACCCGAUGGCGGUGUGGUGCGCGAUGGACCCGCCGUUGGGCGUGAUGGGACCAGUAGCGAGGUAGACUCGAACUUCCAAGUAUUUUCAGAACAUGAUAAAUUACCAACCACAAUUGAAGAAUUAAUUCAAUUGGUUGCCGAUAUCGGUGAUGUUUAUGAAGAUAAAUUAUGUUCACGUAAAAAUGAUUUGCAUCCAUCGCUUUGGUUCGUGUUCGACAAACACUCGGAUGCGUACGUCAGCUUCCGUCGGAUGAUCCAGGCUCGCCGUUUGAAGCGGAGUUUAGGUUCCUCCGGCGCGAUGCAGAUUGUAAUGGCGGACCACGGUAACCAUGCUAACGACGGCGGCGGCGACGAUGAUGAUGAUGAUGCCAAAUACGAUCCGGCCGACGUGCUGGAUGAUUCGAUUGUGGACGAGGGUCCCGAAACCGAGAGGCCGGCCUUUCAACAUCCGGAGCAAGCUGGCCGCGGCCCUGCUGCUGACCGGGUCGGUCCUGGUGGCAGUGAUGGAAUGUUUCUGGUGUCACCUAGCGCAGCGGCGCCUCCACCACCACCGUCCGCCGGGGGCGAGAUUCCGAUUCAUAUGAUGCCCAAUUUUUAUGGUGACGAGCGCCACUUUUACGACGACAAGUCGACCACGGAAACGGACUCGGACACGGAGUACGUGCGUGAGGCGCGCGAACGCAACCUGAAGAAUCUCAAGCGCAAAACGUUCGAUGCCGGCAACCGCAGGGAGGACGGCAGUUCGACCGAUUCCGAUGACGACUACCACGCCAUGCUGGCCGGGCCCGGUGACAGUGCGAACGAGUCGACGAACGAGAAGAACGGCGGCAGUUCGGGCACCACGGGCGGAAGUGCUGCGGGAGCCCUCGGUUCUGGUGGUUUCUCCCGGUUAAAGUACCGCAAAAAGUAUCGCGUUGGGGAAAACAACGAAGCGGUGGGUGGAGGUGCCGGUGGAACUGGUACGGGUGAAAAUCCGGAUGGAGGUGGCCAUGUUCCGUCACCGUGGGGUCCGCCAAGCGAAUGCCGCAUGCGCGACGUUCUGCAGUACGUCUAUCGGCACUACGGAACGGUGGACGACCUUUCUGCCGAGUGCUGGAGCAAAGCGGAACAGCACCACCGGCUGCACCUUCUGUACGAUGAUUUGGUGGCGAAAGUGAAGCUACACGAACAGUUCAUGCUCAGCCGCUGGGACGCCAGCAAUGGUUCGGUGGACUCCGAACAGGAACGGCUGCUGGACACCACGAAGCGGGAAUCCAUUGUGGCGUGGACCACCGCAAUUACGAGCCUGUACGAGCGGGUUCGGCCGGCCCAUUUGAGCGAGUUUCUGAUGCGCGGCGACUACGAGAGCUUCGUGGAGCAGUUCCGUCAGAUGUCCGACCGACAGCCAAAUUUCGAAGACUACAAAGAGUUUGUCCUGCAGCGGGCCGGCAUUCGGGACGUCGUGAAGGUGGAAACGGAACCACAGGGACCUCAGACCGGCGGUGGUUCACGCAAACCGGAGUACAGUUCGAGCGAUUCGGACUUUGCGUCGCACCGUGAUCAGUCGACCAGACAGCAAGGUGGAUCCCAGCAGCCCCCACCGCCACAGAGCGCCGCCGGUGGUGGGCAGAGUGAGACCGGUGGAGGGCGUGACGGUGGGUCACAGAAUGUGGGCCACUCGUCGACGGCGACGGGCAUGAAGCGAACGUUCGAAGACAGCGAUCGGCAGCGGGAAGCGGCCAAGCGGCGCAAAAGCCGUUGGAGUGAACAGGUGGUCGAAAGCGGAGGCGGAAGUGGGCCACAGCCUAGCCAAGCGAUAGGGCUCGCGCCCUACCCGGGGGCUUCCGGUCGCGCACAUCCUCCGGGACCGCCACCAUCGUUGCUGGCAGGGGCGGGCACCCCGAAGCUGUCCGGCGUUAGUCGCACCGAUCCGGCUCUGCUGGCGUACGCACGGCAAAACUUUGGCAGCACCAACCUUACGGAGGAAGAGUGGACGAAGGCCGAGGAUCACUACAAGAUCAACCUGCUGUUCCAGGACAUGCUGCGCAAGCGGCAGGAGAUCGAUCGGUUGGCCAACAGUGGGCGGUUCAAGUACGAGUACGACUCGGACGAAGACACGACCGGUGGCACGUGGGAGCACAAGCUGCGCAUGCAGGAGAUGGAGGCUACGCAAAAGUGGGCCAACGAGCUGACGCGCCAGUCGGAGGGCAAGCACCACAUCGGGGACUUUUUGCCCCCGGAAGAGCUGCGCAAGUUCAUGGAGAAGUACGAGGCGCAAAAGACCAACCGGCAGCCGAACCUGAGCGACUACAAGGACUACAAGCUGCGCGAGGACAACGUCGGCUUUCAGAUGCUGCAGAAGCUGGGCUGGAAGCAGGGCCAGGGGCUGGGCGCCGACGGGAGUGGUAUAGUCGAUCCGAUCAACAAGGCGUCCCAGAGAGACAACAAUCAGGGAUUGGGCAUCAUUGCACCGGACAACCCGGAGGUGAACGACAACGAGUACGAUGCGUACCGAAAGCGCAUGAUGUUGGCGUAUCGAUUCCGGCCGAAUCCUCUGAACAAUCCACGACGGGCGUACUACUGAGCGGACUAGCCACCGGGAGACGGAGAAGUGAGCGCUUGUGUGUGAAGAUCGUCACGCGGUAGUCACGUCGAGGAACGCAACCUUGGGCCUUGCUCUGGUGUGCACGCAAUUGCUUAUAAAUUGAAAUGCUUGAUAUCAUCGCACCUGUGCUCUCGCUCUCUCGCUCUCUUUCCAAGCCUUCGGGGCACUGAUAAGAUUAUUAGCUAAUGAUUAGACCCCCCCCCGGGGGCGCCCGAAUCAUGAUUUCCCGUUUGAUCGCUCAAAUUUGCGAUUCCGGUGUACACCGGAAUGUGCCGGUGUAGUAGAGAGUUUAGAAUUUUUCUAAAAAAAUA